UGCUCGGUGGGGUUGCCCGCAUUCAGUCUUUACCACGCUGAGGUUGCGGGUGUGUUGGCGGUCGGGGGUGCUGGUGGUGUCCACUUUAGAUUUGUCCAUGACUGUAGGGACAGUGGUCGUGGACCGGAGAACCCCGGCAACUCCAGAGUGUGAUGAUUACCAAAUAAGCAAAGUGGGGUGCACAGGGGACGAAUAGUGUCCUGUCUUGGGAUGAGAAGGCUCCCUAAAGAAGAUGGGACUUGGGUUGAAUUUUGCUUGUUAUAGACUAUUCAACAGAGUGCAAUGGAAAGAGGAAGUAGAAGGCACCUGAUCUUAAUAGGCGGUUAGUAAAUUUGUGUGUAGUUGAAUGAAUAAAUGAAUGAGAUGCCCGAUUCCUCAACUCAGUUCUAAUAGUCUGGCAGCCCAGCUUACUAUGGAGAUAUCCACUCCACCCCUCCACCCCCAAGCCUGUGACAUUUAGGUCCCUUCCAGCUCUAAGACUGAGUCCAAAUUUUAUUAUGAUAGGUUUUUAAUUAUGGGAAAUGUGAAACCAGGCUCUGGUGCAAGGUCCACUGUGCUCCCAAAUACCUUUGGGUUUGAGGGCUUUUCAGGUAUAUGUCCUGUUAAUUUGUUGUGCACGUGUGUGUACAGUAGAAGUAAUCUGUGGGACCUUGGGCAAUUGACUUUUUCUCUGUACUCUCAGUUUCCACUUAUGCAAAAAUGAAGAAAACACGGCCUCCUUCACAGCUGCUAUGAGGAUUGAAUGAGAUACAACUAUGAAUUUAAAUUGUUUCUAACAAUAGAUCCCACAAUGAGAACUGAUAUUUAUAUCUGGAAAAUCCAGCCUCAAAAGGACAGCGAAUUUCCUAAAAGUUAACAAACUUGAGUUUAAUGUGCAUAGGAAUCACCUGGUGCUUGUUUAAAAUGCUUCUCUGGUUCCACACUGAUUUUAUUCUGAAGGUCUAGGAUGGGACCAAAUAAUCUGUAUUUUAACAAGUCUUUGAGAGUUAGGGAUUGUUUUGUGAAGUCUAGUUGGGUGCUGAUUAUGAGACGUGCAUGUGUGUGUGUCUGCAGGUGUGUGUGGCCAUGGUCUGCCUUAUCAGCGAUGGCAGCAGUCACCUCCGCAGAUUGUUUGCUUUUGCAGCCAGUAGCUGGUUUGAAAUUCAAGAAGUCAUUUCAUUGGUGAAGGAGAGUGGAUGCUGGAGAAAAGGAGUGGAUUAUGGCCCCAUCAAUAGGAGCAAGUGGCCAUCAAGUCAAUCCGGAAAGACAAAAUCAAAGAUGAGCAAGAUCUGAUGCACAUUCGGCGAGAGAUUGAGAUCAUGUCGUCACUCAAUCACCCCCACAUCAUUGCCAUCCAUGAAGUGUUUGAGAAUAGUAGCAAGAUUGUGAUUGUCAUGGAGUACGCCAGCCGGGGCGACCUGUACGACCACAUCAGCGAGCGGCAGCGGCUCAGUGAGCGCGACGCCCGGCAUUUCUUCCGGCAGAUCGUCUCCGCCGUGCACUACUGCCACCAGAACGGGAUUGUCCACCGAGAUCUCAAGCUGGAGAACAUCCUCUUAGAUGCCAGUGGAAAUAUCAAGAUCGCUGACUUUGGCCUCUCCAACCUCUACCACCAAGGCAAGUUCCUGCAGACGUUCUGCGGGAGCCCCCUUUACGCCUCGCCAGAGAUCGUCAACGGGAAGCCCUACACGGGCCCAGAGGUGGACAGCUGGUCCCUAGGUGUUCUCCUAUACAUCCUGGUGCAUGGCACCAUGCCCUUUGAUGGGCAGGACCAUAAGACGCUGGUGAAACAGAUCAGCAAUGGGGCCUAUCGGCAGCCGCCCAAACCCUCCGAUGCCUGUGGCCUGAUCCGCUGGCUGUUAAUGGUGAACCCUACCCGCCGGGCCACACUGGAGGAUGUGGCCAGUCACUGGUGGGUUAACUGGGGCUACACCACCCGUGUUGGAGAGCAGGAGGCUCUGCACGAGGGAGGGCACCCGGGCAGCGACUCUGGCCGGGCCUCCAUGGCUGACUGGCUCCGGCGGUCCUCCCGCCCUCUCCUGGAGAACGGGGCCAAGGUAUGCAGCUUCUUCAAGCAGCACGCACCUGGAGGUGGGAGCAUCACCUCCAGCCUGGAGCGCCAGCAUUCGCUCAAGAAGUCCCGCAAAGAGAAUGACAUGGCCCAGACUCUCCAGGGGGACCCAGCUGCCAACAGCUCCCCUCGCCUUGGCAAGGGCACCCUCAAGCUGCCGAAAGGCAUUCUCAAGAAGAAGGCGUCGGCCUUCUCGGAGGCGCCAAGGGAGGACCCUGAGCUCAGCCCCGUCCCUACAAGCCCAGGACAGGCUGCCCCCCUGCUCCCCAAGAAAGGCAUCCUCAAGAAGUCUCGCCAGCGUGAGUCUGGCUACUACUCGUCUCCUGAACCCAGCGAGUCUGGGGAGCUCUUGGAUGCAGGGGACGUGUUUGUGAGUGGGGAUGCUGUGGAGCACAAGCCCCCACCAGCCUCAGGGCUGCUGCUCCAUCCGAAGGGCAUCCUCAAACACAACGGCAAGUUCUCCCACACCGCCCUGGAGCUUCCCGCCCCCGCCACCUUCGGCUCUUUGGAUGAACUGGCCUCACCUCACCCUCCAGCCCGGGCCAGCCGCCCCUCAGUGGCUGUGAGUGAGGACAGCAUCCUGUCCUCUGAGUCCUUUGACCAGCUGGACUUGCCCGAGCGGCUCCCUGAGCCCCCACUGCGGGGCUGUGUGUCUGUGGACAACCUCCUGGGGCUUGAGAAGCCCCCCUCAGAAGGCCCUGGAAGCAGAGGCCUGAGGCGCUGGCGGCAGGACCCCUUGGGGGAGAGCUGCUUUUCCCUGAUGGACUGCCAGGAGGGGACAGAGGCCUGCCAACAGGCACUGGGGGUCUGCUCAGAGCUCAGCUGAGGGUGGGGGGCAUCGCCCCGCCGGGGCAGGCUCUAAGAUGCAGCUGGCUGCACCCUCAGGGGAGACAGCCUUCUUCCCUGCCACCCAGGACCAACAUCCCAGCCCAGAAGGCUGAGACGGUUUGCAAUCGAGCCCUGGGGAGGGCUGUACGUGGGGAGUGGGCAAGUGAAGUGCAUUGAGGGUUCAAUGUCUUCAGCCCCAUCCAACCAAGAAGAUAGUAGAGGGAAAAAGAGUAGAGAAGUAGAGGGGCAGGCCCGUGGCCGAGUCCCCGUUGUCUGUUUCUUGUACACAUAGUAGGGCCACAGAGAUCUGGAAAGAGCGCUCUCUUAGCACUCAUCUCCUUUAUUGUAAUGAGUAAGUUUCCUGCAUGGUGCCUUCCUGCCAAGGUGGGGGUGGAAACUCUUCUUUCAUUCACACAUACAUUCCCAUCUCCACCAACCACAAACUGAAAUGUGGCACCCCUAACACCCUGGGGUGUCCUGGGAAUGGCCUCCCAAUGCCUGCCCUUCCUUACUUACCUGAGCAGUAAGAGAACGCAACCUCUUGUUUCCUCAAAGGUUCUCUCCCCUUUCCCCUCCUCCAAACCUGGCCCAAGCCUCCUGGAGUCGCUGCUAUGAAUCUAAAGGACUUGAAAAGGCUCAGGCUGCUAUUGGACUUCAUCUCAAGGGGCCCAGAUGCCGCUGGACCCCACCUUGGACCUCAAAGACUGAACUUCUCCGGCCUCCAAGCUGCUCCUGCUACUGAGAAUGGCCAUGUCUAUUUCUCUGGGUUUUCAGGGCCCUAGAAUGUUCUUAUUUAUUAUUAUAUUUUCAACACUGUUUUUUUAAAAAGUGAGCCUUCUAUCUUCGAUAAUGUGAAUACUAUGUUCUGGGGAAAUCCACUGUGCCAUCUAAAUGUUGUGCAGAGAGACACAGUUUUGCAAUGAUUCUCUACUGAUUAAGGGGAAGCGGAGGGGGAAUCUUUUAUAAAUCUACAUAUCCCAUUAUACUGUCUGCAAGUGGUGUCUGGCCCCCUCACUCCAUGCCCUGAUUCUGUCUACCUGAUGGUCCCUCUUUCCUUCUGUGGGUAGAAAGAACCAUCCCAUUAAAAACCAGAAUGGUGAUUGGAAAA